AUAAUCUUUCAGUGAUAACCACUUUUUCGAAUUAUUAAAUUUUAUUAUUUACUUUUCAUCUAGUAAGUGUAACCGGCGAUAAAAAUAUUAAACUUUAAAAUACUUUUAGUUUAAAAUUUGUUAACAAUAUUCUUAGAAGAUCAAUUAACUUCAAUAUUUUUUUUUUCAUUUCAUAACUAUCGUAUUAUUUGAUCGAUACUCGGAUACAGAGUUUACGGUUAAAAAACAAUAAAGAUCGAACGGCUACGACGACGGUGCUGACUGUUGGAGACGACAUAGCAACUAAUUGUUAUUGCAUUAUUACUGUAAUUAGUUGUAUUAUCCUUAUAAAUUGACGUGAAUGCGCUCGAGUGGCGCGUAGAUGGCAGCACGUAACACGCAAACGCAUCGCAACAAAAACACGUCGCCAGAGAACUUUGGAUCGUAGCCGUGUAUGUUUUAUUUUUUAUUGAAUAUCCAUAAGUUGAUAUACAAUAUCGAAAUUCACAAUUUAUUUAUUUACGUGGUAAAAAUAUAUUACGUAUAUAGUUAAGUUAUAAAAAUACCUAAGUAAUAAAUCAAAUUUAUGACACCUAUUAAGAUGGAAAAAUAUCAAUGGAUUAACCCAGAUAACCAUAGUAUUGCCGUUGACGACCAGAAACAACCAGUUUUAAAUGAAAAUGGUGAUCUUAUUGUAUUGGACAACGAAAGUGGAAAGUGUAUAUCAGUUCCUAACUCUGAGGAUAUAUUAGAAAUUUUUGGUUUCGGAUAUCAUGGGAGCUAUGGGUCACCCCCUGGGUCACCAAAAGAUUCGCCUGAACAUGAUAUGAAACCAAUUGUUCAAGUCUUGACAGACGCCGACCAACUGUUGUGGAGCAUGAGAACGCCGUGUCAAAAGGAUAUCGAAGCGACCAGGGAGAUGCUGUCACUAGUGGCUUCUAAAAAAUACCAGGAUAUGUUCAACGAUCAAUGUACAGUUAAAAUUCGGGUGUGGAAACGAAUAUGCGAGGAGCUGAUGUCUAAAGGGUACAGGAUCGCGGACUCGGUGAACGAAGGCGGCAUCAAGUGCCACCAGAAAUGGCGUAACCUGGAGAAGUCGUACAGGAACUACUUGAUCAGCUCGACGGACCCGAACAGUUCGGCGCCCAAAAAACCGCCGCCGUACUUCGAAGCGCUGCACGACAUCCUCAAGCGAAAGAAGAAGUACGCGAACGCGGCCACGUACACGCAGACCGUGGUGGUCGGCGACGACAUGACCGAACCCGACGCGUCGAGCAUCAGUGGCAUUCAUCACAUGAACGACUCGGACGCGGCGCUGGACGACAUGGACGACGCGGACGGCGCGAACGACGACCACUGUUACGUGGUCAACAGUUCCGGCCACGUGUCCAAGCGGUUCAAAGUGGACCCGCUGACCAUGUGCUCGACCACCAGUGGCGGCAGCGGCGGCGGUAACGGCGGCGGCGCCGGUGUCGGUUCGUCGUCGUCCCGCCGGCUUCAUCCCGCCCAGCAGCCAGACGCGCUGGAACAGAUUCUGGAGCAGAUGAUCCGCGUGCACCGGGACACGUUGUCCAUGCACGAUCGGCACUUCACCAGGAUGGAGAAACUGAUAAAGGAAAACGCGAUACAGACCAAGCGGCUGGCCGACGUCAUGAGUCAGUUGUUGCACGGCAGCCGGCCGGACGACUGCGGUAACAGCAAGAACAACGACAAGUCGACCGGAAUGACUUCGUCGGACGUCGAAUGAUCGUGUUCGGUCUCGCGCGACUAUUAGCAUUUAUAAUAUGAAUAAAGUGUAUAAUAUCAUAUUCCACGGUUAACGGACGCAGUGCUGACGAAGAACGUCACACUCAUUGGCGACCCUUUCGUAAUAUUUAUUUUUUUUUAUUUUAUUUUUUCCAUUUUUCCGUACCGUACCGAAUUGUGUACGCAUUUUUAAGGUUUUCUUUUUACUGCCAGUGCUCCCCUCCCCAUCCCAUUAAUUUAGACUCCCGAUUUAUUUAUAAUGUAAUUCAAAAAUUGCUUAAAUAAUAUUGAAUGAUAAAUACUUACAUUUAUUUAUAUAGUUUAAAUUCAUGUUAUAAAAUAUGAUUUUAAGUGGCAAUCCCUUUUCUUAUGUACAUGUAUAAAGUAUAAAUACCCGUACGCGGUUAUCGUCGUGUUCGGAGUUUUAUUCUCCUUACGUGUAUUAUCCCGUAUUAAUUAUUAGUUAUUUGAAACCAUUAUACCUAUUAUAUUAUAUGAUAAUAAAAUCACUAUUA